AUGAGGCUCUGUUUCUAUACUGCAGCUCUCGCUGCAUCGCUAUUCGUCACGUCUUGCCAUGCUUUACCCGAUGCCCGGCUUAAAUCUCCACGGCUGAAGGGCCGUGCUCCUUUCCACGAUACCAGAGAGGAGAACACAGUCCGACAGCGAGAUUCCAACGACACAUCGCGAACCUACAUCCCCAUCACCUCACCGUAUCAGAAUAUCUUCCGGCCAUUGACUGACGUUGAGACCGCUGACGUUACCAACUGGGAUAACACCAUCGUUACAGUGGAGACUCUUGCACCGAACAAAUCAGCUGCUCUGCCCUACCUCAAUGCCAACACCACAGCGCCACCCAAGCGGUAUGCCCGGGCAACUCUCAAGUUUGCUGCUACCCAUGAACCCUAUUUCGAGGACUACUUGGUCGGUCCGUUGCCGGUUGGCGAUGCGACAGAAUGCAAACCACUCACUUUCAUCUACAACAAGGGGGUCUCCACUCAGCGUCUAUACGACGCGGAUGGCGACAAAGUCGGCGAUUUAAUAGAGGAUCUCGGAGCUGACGUAGCUCCCAUCCUGUUGGACCUUUACAACGCAACAGACGGUGGUGAUGAAGGCAAUGGCUCACUCAGUGCUUGGAGGAUUGACCCUCUGUCGACAGAGAACGGAGACGUCAUUGCUUGGUACCAGUACUGGAGAAACCCCACCCUGAACUUUGACGACAGCACGCUCCUUCCCCAAGGCCUCUACUUCAAGCUCAACAUCACCGGGCGGGAUCCAAAUGGUUGGGGUGUUAUGGGGUGGUACUAUGAUGGCAUCUUCUACGGCUCUACCGAAGACUUUCGAGAGGCCUGGAAAGCCGGCAAAGUCUCUCGCAUCGCAUACGAAACCGACGGCACAUGGGGCACAACCGACUGGAACCGUGAAGAGCUCCCUUUGGAUCAGUACAACCCACCCAUGGCAAUCAAGCCAGACAAUCCACGGUUCGGGCUUGAUGUGGGUCAAAAAUACGUUGAAUGGAUGGAUUUCUCCUUCUUCAUAGCCUUUACUCGGGAUACGGGCUUGGCUCUCUACGACAUCAGAUACAAGGGUGAAAGGAUCAUCUACGAGCUUAGCAUGCAGGAAGCCCUUGCACACUACGCCUCUUCGGAUCCCUACCAGGCAGGCAUUGCCUAUCUGGACUCUUUCUACGGGUUCGGUCCAUUUGCGUUUGAGCUGGUCAACGGGUACGAUUGCCCGUCUUACUCGGCUUAUCUGAACACUUCCUUCUACGCGUCGGAGAAGACACACUGGCAUCCCAACAGCAUCUGCAUGUUCGAGUUCGAGAACGACUACCCGAUCCAGCGCCACUCAACCGCGAGAUACGUCAGCAUCACGAAGAACAUCAAGUUCGUCGUGCGCACCGUUUGCAGCGUUGGCAACUACGACUAUCAGUUCACUUAUGAAUUCCACCUGGACGGCUCCAUCCAAGUCCUGGUCCGGGCCUCGGGCUACAUCCAAAGCGCCUUCUGGGCUCACAACGCCGACUAUGGCUUCAAGAUCCACGACGCUCUGUCAGGAUCAAUGCACGACCACGUCCUAUCGUUCAAGCUAGACCUGGACGUAAAAGGCACGGCAAACAGUUUGAUGAAGACAGAGUUUGUGCCCGUCACCGAAACCUACCCAUGGUCCAAUGACACGCGCAACACGAUGAAACUCUCCAAAACCUUCAUCACCAACGAAGCCGACGCCAAGAUCCACUGGUCUCCCAACAGCGCUGCCGUCUACUCCGUCGUCAACAAGGACACGCCGAACCCCUACGGCGAAUACCCCGGCUGGAAAAUCGUCCCCACAACCGGCACAACCAUCCACCUCACCAACCCCAACAGCAGCACCCUCCCCCCACGCUCGCACAGCUGGUCCGCCCACCCCCUCUCCGCCGUCCUCCACCACGACACGGAGCCGCGCUGCGCCUCUCCGCUCAACGCGCUCGACCCGGCGGCGCCCCUCGUCGACUUCUCGCGCUUCGCCGCCGACAACGAGUCGCUGGACGGCAGCGACGUGGUGCUCUACUUCACGCUCGGCAUGCACCACGCGCCCGACACGGCGGACCUGCCCAACACGGUGGCGACGCUGGCGCAGAGCGGCGUCACCAUCGCGCCGCAGAACUAUCUCGUUGGCGGGGAUGCGUCGAGGGCGUCGCGGUGGGGGGUGAGGGUCGAUGCGGGGAAGGGGGGCGGCCGGCCGGCGGAGGUGGUGAGGUUUGGGGGAGGAGGAGACGGAGGAGACGGAGGAGGAGGGGGAGAAGAGGCGGGGGGGAUGUUCAAUUUGACGGCGGCGAGGUCCGGGGUGGAGGGGUAUCAGGGGGGGUUUGUGGUCAGGAAGUUUCCGUAUGAUCCGGCGAAUUGGUGGUGGGAGGGGGAGGCGGAGGAUCAGCAGUCGGAGUAG